CGCUGCCUACGAGGGAACCACCUGCCCUCAUGUCUCUCAUAGCUUGAAAACUCAUUGCUCAUGUAUGUCAUCACGCGAUGUGCAAGCUGAGUGCGAUGAGCAAGCGGCAAGCGGUACCAACUUCCAGUGAACAGUGAACGUCUCUUUGCUUUAUCAGUGCUGCUUUUCAGUGCUGCCUUCUCCCUUUUAUCUUCCAUCGGCAUCGAAUUGCUGCUACUGUACCCCAAAUUUUAUCACCAAUCUAGCUAGUGUAGAAACCAAGACGAUGAUGGCGGCAAGAACUUCAACGCCGAGUCUCUCCACUCCCCUGCUAUUGCUUUUGCUGGUACUGUUGCUCUCGUCUACCGCUCAAGCCCAAGAGUCUCCAUCGUUCAAGGUCGCAAAGUUUGACAGUUCUGAGAGCCACCGCACCAACGUCUGUGAACGACAACGGGCCGUGUGGGAAGGAGAGAUCUCUCUUCCCAAUGCCCUCCGAGGACUUGAUUUGACCACGGUCAUUACCAACUAUCGCGUCGCCGACGAAGACAAGUACUUUACAUUGGUGCAAACGGAUGAAAAUGGCAAACACAACGAGUCGAUUGCACCUCACAUUCGACGAGAUGAUCCGGGUCUCUUUGCCGUGAUUCUCGAUGAAGUCGCUCAUCGAGCCGGAUUUUCCUGGCGCAACUCGUUUGCCGUGACCAGUCCACUCAAUACCACGAUAGAUGGCGAAAACAAGACGUGGACUGACAUUUUAAAGUGGGGAGUAGAUACGUUUGAUCUCUCCAUGGAAAAGUGGGGCCGUUCCAUCUCCAGAUCCGAACUGGGCAUUUCCUUUCCGGCGGGGUGGUGGGACUCUUCCAUUGUUCUGGUGGAGAGUUUGCAGGAAUCCAAACGAGAAGUCAACCUAUGGGGCUUCCUGUCGCCCUUCAAGGUAACUGUCUGGAUCACCAUUGGUGCCACCAUUGUCUUUACCGGGCUCAUGUACUGGUGCUUGGAGUAUUUGGAUGUAAAGGCGGAUGAGCGUGACCUAGAGGACAAGCCAAUGGCAAGUAUCUUUUACGCUGCCCUAGUCUUUGUGGGUCACCUCGAGUUUCGACCCAAGACACACUCGGCCCGGAUCUUGAGCUGGUCCUGGACCUUUUGGGCCGUGAUUGUUGGAUCGGCGUACACAGCCAACAUGGCCUCCUUCCUAGUGUCGCCUCAAGUGGAUGUCUACCGUAUCAGUUCCAUGGAACAGGCCAUGGCUCUUGAUGCCGACAUUUGCGUCCAGGGGGGUGGAGUCCUCGCCACCAUUUUAGAGCAAAAGUAUGGAAAGCUAAACCUGGUCCCAAAAGAUUCUGAAGCAGGUAUCUUCAAAGGCCUCCGAGAUGGCAGCUGUCAAGUGGCAGCACAUCAGAUGAAUACAUUUCGCAUCUACGAGAAGAAUGCUGAUGCCAACCCCGAAUGUAAUUUGAAUUCCGAAAAGAGAGUUGUCCAGCCCGUCCCUGCAGGCAUGGCCACUGCCAUUGACACGGGAACUGUCUUUUGCACGAGCCUCAUAUCGCACGUCCUCGACUAUCACUUGACCAAGAUGAUAUCCGAAGGAUUCGUGGAAAAGGCCAUGAAGAUGCAUCUCGGAAAGAUUGGGACGAUUGAGUGCAUUGCCGCGCCACCCCGAGGUGGAGACUUUGGUGGAGAUACCUUUUCCUUGGGCUUGCAAGACAUUGGCGGGAUCUUUAUCCUACAUGCCGCUGUCUUGGCUGUGGCUGUUUCCAUUUCCCUCUUCCAGUUCUAUUACUUUGAAACUUCCAAGAAGUCUUUGGCCGAGAUCUUCUUUGUACGCCAGGCUCGGCAAGAGAUUCGGUCCAUGCGAGCGUCUUUGCGCAACUCUAUGGAUUCAUCCGAUCAUAAUCCACCAGUGCUGAUUGCGCCAUCGUCGCCACAACAGCGACGAGCUUCACGAUCCCAUAGCCUCGUCUCUCCUUUUGGCAGUGGCGCUCUCAGCCACGACCUGUCACUGGAUGGGUCGUCAUCCAUGAUGGACAUGAGUCGCAGUGGGGGCAUUGCGAACCCGCUCGAACCAGUGCUGGAAGGAGAACGAGAAGAGUCGCAACAGUUUGGUUCAAGUAGCUUUAAUUUGGAAGAUGCCAAAAUGAAAGCCUCUUUGAGGAAAUCUGUUAAUGUCACUGGCGAGAUGCAGGCUAUUCUCGAAGCGGAUCAUCCUCCGACUGAAGACAGCAGUUCCCAUCUCACCACCACCCACGACGAGAGUCUUAGCAGGGAUGAUGAUCCCAGUGAGCUGGCAGGUUUGGACCAGCCAAGCAGGCUCAAGCUUCAGAGGGUUUCUCGGGAAGGGCCGAGGUCUGCUCCGGUUGACCUAGACAUCACUCUCCACGACGAAGACUCCUCACAAGGGAGCGUUGCCACCCCGAAUUUGGAAAACGAUCAAGCUUUGCUACUGCCACCCCAAUUAGAAAAGCCCCCAACCGAAGAACCCCCAAUUGAAGAGGGAGAAGUCCAGGAGACGGCCACUGUCACCUUGAAUGAUGGAAAUGGAAUUCAGCAGACGGACUCAACCCGUGAUGGCUCUACGGACCAACCAAUCAAUGAAUCACUGCCGGGCAAAGCAGAGGGAAGUGCGCGCGAAAAAGGAGACAAAAGACUGCGACUUAGUACCCAAACAUUGGAGACACAGGAAGAAGACGCAUCACAGGAUUCAUCAGACCACGCCUCAGAAUCCUUAUCGGAUGACGAAUGGAUAUGAUGUUGACCUUCUUUUCAGGAUUUGCAACUCAUCGUUAGUCAGUUUUGAAUUGGACUUCAUGCCAACCCCGACUGCAUUCUAUUCUGUAGCAGCAAUUUAAAUUAGAUUUCUUAAGUCCAUGCACAAAA